AUGGUGAAGAAGCCCGUUGCCUCCCAGCAGGUUGCUGACAAUGUCGAGAUCGCGCGAGCUGAGGCUCCGCGAUUCGAGAAGGUCUACUGGCUGAAGGAGCCUCACCUUCGCAAGCUGUACUUCUCGACCAUCUUCCUCAUGGUUGCCUCGGCCACCACGGGUUACGAUGGUAUGCUCGUCAACACUUCCCAGCAGAUGCAGCGAUGGAAAGACUACUUCGGCGACGGCGUCUCCGACAACAACAAGCUCGGCAUUCUCAUCAACAUGUUCAACAUCGGUUCCAUUAUCUCAUUCUUCAUCACUCCCUACGUGGCCGACGGCUACGGACGUAAGGUAGCCAUUGUUUCCGGCUGUAUCUUCAUGGUCAUCGGCGGUUGCAUUACUGCUUUCUGCAAUGGCUGGGGAAUGUACGUCGGCGGCCGAUUCAUCCUCGGUUUCGGUAACUCUCUGGCUCAGAUGUCCUCUCCCCUGCUUCUUACCGAGAUCUGCCACCCUCAACACCGUGGUCCCGUCACUGCCAUCUACAACUGUCUGUGGAACUUGGGUGCCCUGAUCGUCGCCAGUAUCGGUUGGGGAACUUCCUACGUCAACAACGACUGGUGCUGGAGAUCCAUCACCUUCAUCCAGAUCGUCCCCUCCGUCAUCCAGCUGAUCGGUAUCUGGUGGGUGCCCGAGUCCCCGCGUUACCUCAUCAACAAGGACCGCGCCGAGGAGGCUCUCGCUGUUCUGGCCAAGCACCACGCCGGAGGCGACUACAAUAAUGCCACCGUACAGUUCGAGUUCCGCGAGAUGAAGGAGACCAUCACGAUGGAGAGAGACGCCGACCGCACGACUAGCUACAUCGACUUCUUCAAGACCAAGGGUAACCGAUGGAGGUUGGCUAUUAUUAUCUCUCUCGGUAUCAUCUCCCAGUACUCCGGUAACGCUCUCUUCUCCAACUACAUGGACGCCAUCUACGACGGAGCCGGUAUCAAGAACCAGAACCAGAAGCUCGCCAUUUCCACCGGCAAAUCGAUCCUCGAUCUUUCCUGCUCCAUCGGUGCCGCCCUGACCGUCGACUACUUCGGCCGUCGCCCUCUGUUCCUGACUGCCAUCACCGGUAUGGUCGCCUCUUUCGUCUGCUGGACCAUCACCGGUGCCGUCUACGAGAACUCCGGAUCGACCAACCAGGGCUCCGGCUACGCUCAGCUGGUCUUCAUCUGGGUCUUUGGUAUCUUCUACGACAUUGGUUUCUCCGGUCUCCUUAUCGCAUACGCCCUUGAGGUCCUCCCCUUCCAUCUCCGCGCCAAGGGUAUGAUGAUCAUGAACAUUACCGUCCAGGCCAUCCUGGCCAUUGGCAACCAAACCAACAAGGUCGCGUGGGACAGCCUCCCCAACCACUGGAACUUCAUGUUGUUCUACACCCUCUGGGACUUCUGCGAGCUCGUCUUCGUGUACUUCUUCUACGUCGAGACCAAGGGCCCCACGCUCGAGGAGAUCUCCAAGAUCUUCGACGGCGACGCGGCCGUCGCGCACGUCGACCUCCACCAGGUCGAGAAGGAGAUCCACGACAACGACCACGAGGAAGACAUCAACACCCGGGCCGCGCACACCGAGAAGACCGCCGUCUGA